UUUGCCGUACGUUUGACGUCGGUGUUUUGAGUUGUUUACAUGAAUAUAGUAAAAAAUGGCAUCGGGAGAUAUAAAUAAUUUUACAACAGUAGAACAAUUUCUCGCAGGUAUUAAAGAGCAUCCUUGUUUAUAUGAUACAAAAAGACUAGAUUAUAGAGAUAUGACUUGUAAACAGAAUGCAUGGGAAGAAGUAAGAAUAAAAUCUGGAUUAGCUACAGUUAGUGAAUGUCAGAAACUUUGGAAACGAAUCCGUGAUCGAUACGUGAGAGAAAGAAAAGCAAUUGAAAUGUCUUUGAAAAAUGGCAGUACAAAUGUUCGUAAAAAUUGGGAACUGCAUCAACAAAUGGAUUUUUAUAAAGAUUGUGGCCGAUCUAAACAGAUGAAUUAUAGUCAGUCACCACCAAGUCAAAAAGAUAUUUCAGAUGAUUCAUUUCAAAUUAUGGAGACUAACAGUCUAUACUUGGAUGAUAUUGAUAUUAUAAAAUCAGAAGAUACUUUUGAUAGUUCCUCUCAAGAACCACUCUGUGACAGACUAAUGGAUAUCACAUCUACUUCUCAAAAAUCACCUUUUUAUGAUACAACUGAAGAAUUCAAUAAUAGUAGUAAGAAAAGAAAAACCAGUGACAAUGAACUGGAAAAUCUUAAUUUUAUGAAUAAGUUAAUGUCAGGAAAUGAAGCUUUUGGUUACUCUAUUGUUAAAAGUAUUGAUAGAUGGAAACCAUCCAAAGCUGCACGUUUCAAAGCUGCAGUUUUUGAACUGUUAGCAAAAUUCGAAGAAGAUGAAGAAGGUUCAUAAGCAUUUAAAAAAGUGAAUUUAUAAUAUUUGAUUGUAAUUAAUAUAUACAUUAUCAUUGGAGACCAAGGGUAGACUAUACCUGUAGUAUGCUUUUAGCUACUCUGUGAUGCAUUAAACAAGCCCAUUUAUAUCAAAAUGCAAAUUAUAUAUCUGAAAAAUGAAGUAAUUACCACCAAAUAUAUAUAUAUAUAUAUAUAUAUGUUGUAAAAUGCCUAGUCAAUUCAACUAUUACAGCAAUUCUUAAAAAAAUCUAAAAUUCUAAAGUUUUCACAUUACACUUAAAUAACAAUACACCUUUCUGAUUUUAUUAUUUCAUCAAUUUUGCUUAUAGAUAAUAUAAGUUGUAGAUUACAUUUGGAUCAGUUUGACAUACAUUGGUGAUUGCUGCUCGUAUAAAUAUUAUAAUGUAUUUUAGUGAUUGAUUUAAUCAGUUAAAUCAGUCAAAGAUAAUUUAUGCAUAAAUGACUGCUAUAUAAAGUUUAGUUCUUAAUUUUGUAAAACUUAAAAGUUAUAUAAAUAUGAAUGCAAAAAAUAUGACUAUAAAUUUAGAUAUAACCAUUCACAGUUACAUGCAGCACUUGUAAGUUUGCCGACCUGGUGGAGAUUGGGGACUUAAAAUCCCACUUCUCAGAUACCAGUAUAAGUUUUCUGACUUUUAGGGGAAGAUCGUUAAUCCUGCAUCAGGCUUAUCUAGGGAUGUUUGUGUGUAGGUGUGGAGGAGGAGACAAGAGAUGACAAGUAUCUUACAAAAACCCGUUUUUAGCAUAAAACAAACUUACACUACGAAACAAAUAUUUCUGAACAAAUCGGCUGGUUGGAAGUCUUUAGCAUCGAUAUUGUCUUGUUGUUCACUUCCUGAGUGUCGGUGUUCUUUUUGUUGUUCAUUGUCACAGGUGGCCCUGAGACAGUGUUGUUAAACAGUUAACUUCACAACCAACAACUGUCUACCCUUAACCAUUAACCGGUGCGAAA